AUGUUUUAUCGCCUGAAGGACGGCGAAAGAGUCUAUACACUGAGUGAAGAAGACAGCUUCAGUGCUCAUCCUGCAAAAUUCACAAUCGAAGAUAAGUUCUCAAAGGAAAGAAUAACAAUCAAAAAGAGAUUCAACAUUCCGCCGUUUAACGACUUAUGA